GCUUUCACAAGCAUCGAGCUUGACGAGCUUCAGUUUCUUGGAUUCCAGAAGUCAAGAUGAGAGCCGUCACUUUUGCUCCGGCUGUGCUCGCCUUGGCUGGUUUUGUGUGGGCACAAACACCUACCGAGCGAGUCAUUCCCACUCUCCCGCCUCAGAUCAAUGCACUGCCCAGCUUGACCCCAACAAUCUACGAUGACAGUGCGCCAGACUCUCAGGAAUGUCCUGGCUACAAAGCUUCCAAUGUAGCUCAAACGGGACACGGCUUCACCGCAGACUUGGCCAUCGCCGGGGCGAACUGUCAAGCUUUCGGCAACGACGUUGCAGACUUGGUGCUCGAGGUUCAGUACCAGGCUAAGGAACGCUUGAAUGUCAGGAUCUACCCCAAAUACAUCGCUUCAGCGAACAGUUCGUGGUUCAUCCUUCCUCCCAGCCUUGUUGAUCAGCCAGAAUGGGACGGCAAGACGACGGCCAACUCGAGCGACCUGAGUUUCGAUUGGAGCAAUGAUCCUACCUUCCAGUUCCGCGUCUCGCGAACCAGCACGGGAGAAGAACUGUUUUCUACGUACGGACAUGUCAUUGUUUAUGAGGACCAGUUCAUUGAGCUCGUCACGAACAUGGUUGAGGAUUACAAUGUAUACGGUCUGGCAGAAAACAUCCAUGACUUCCGCCUGGGAAACAACCAUACUCAGACUUUCUACGCUGUAGAUGCAGGCAAUCCAAUCGAUGGAAACGUGUAUGGUGUUAUCCCGUUCUACCAGGAAACCAAAUACCAUAAUGGCACUGACUCUACUGCUCAUGGCAUGUAUGCUCGCAAUGCCCAUGGCCAAGAGUGGUUGCUGCGCGAAAACACUAUCACCUAUCGAACUCUGGGUGGAAGCUUCGACCUCUACUUCCUGAGUGGACAGAAGGAUGAUGGUAGCUCUAGCGCGCUCACGACUAUUGCUCAAUUUCAAGUUGGAUGCAUCGGCACGCCCGCUAUGCAAAUGUACUGGACUUUCGGCUUCCACCAAGCCCGCUGGGGCUACGAGAACAUCAGUGUCGUUCAAGAAGUCGUAGAUCGUUACCGUGAAGCUAACAUCCCGCUUGAAUGCCUAUGGAACGAUCUCGACAUCUACGAUUUGUACCGUGAUUUCACAAACAACCAGGUCACCUACCCGCUUCCGGCAUUCACCAACUUCAUUGAGAGUCUGCAUGCCAAUGGCCAGCACUACGUCCCUAUUAUCGACAGCAACAUCUACGUCUCCAACCCAGAGAAUGCCAGUGAUUACUACGAGCCUUUUGCAAACGGUGCUCAACUACAAACGUUCAUCCGCGAUCCCACCACUGGCGAUUUCUACUAUGGUGACAACUGGCCCGGCUUCAGUGUCUGGGCUGAUUGGCUCCUCCCAUCCAGCCAGGCAUGGUGGACGAGUGAGAUUGUGAAGUGGCACAAGGGCACGCCUUUCGAUGGUAUCUGGAUCGAUCUUAGCGAAGCAUCGUCCUUUUGUGCCGGCUCAUGUGGUAACGGCCGUCUCAACGAGAAUCCUGUCCACCCGCCCUUCCUCCUUCCCGGCGACCCAUUGACAUUCGAUUUCAACUAUCCCGAGGGCUUCAACGUCACUAACGCAACCGAAGCUUCGAGCGCAGCGGCCGCCGCGUCUUCGCAAGCCGCAGCCUACUCCGCAUCGCCUGUCCUACCCGCUGCUACGACUACCACACAAGGAAGAACGGAGCCUACGCCCGGAGUGCGAAAUUUGAACUUCCCCCCAUACGUCAUCAAUCACGUCCAGUCCGGACAUGCAUUGGGCAAGAGCGCCAUCGCGCCGAACGCAACGCACAACGAUGCUUAUAAUACAACGGAAUAUGAGAUGCACAACCUGUUUGGUCUCCAAAUCUCCAACGCCACCUAUCAUGCUCUGCUUGAAGUGUUCCCAGGACGCAGGCCCUUCACCGUCGGCCGCAGUGUGUUUGCCGGCAGUGGCAAGACAACCAGCCACUGGGGCGGAGACAAUACCGCUACAUUUGGGAGCAUGUAUUUGAGCAUCUCCCAGGCUUUUACAAUGAUGAUGUCCGGUAUCCCGAUGUUCGGCGCCGAUACAUGCGGUUUCGCACGCAACACUGAUAAUCAGCUGUGCUCUCGCUGGAUGGAACUCAGCGCCUUCUUCCCAUUCUACCGUAACCACAACGUCAAAGCUGCCAUCGGCCAAGAAGCCUACCACUGGUCCUCAGUCGCAGAAUCUGCUCGCCGAGCAAUGGCCGUCCGCUACUCCCUACUAAACUACAUGUACACGCUCUUCUACCACGCCCACACCGAAGGCGCAACCGUCAUGCGCGCCCUAGCCUGGGAGUUCCCCAACGACGCCUCCCUCGCCGGCACAGAUUCGCAAUUCCUCCUCGGCCCCUCCAUCCUCGUCACGCCCGUCCUGGUGCCAAACGUCGAAACGGUGCAGGGCGUGUUCCCCGGCAUCGGCGACGGCGAGCGCUGGUACGACUGGUACACGCUCGAGGAAGUCCACGCCGCGGCACAGGAAAACGUCACUAUGAGCGCGCCGCUAGAGCAUAUUAACGUUCAUGUACGCGGUGGGAGUAUCCUCCCCCUUCAGCAGCCUAAGUAUACGACUAACGAGACGCGCCACACGCCGUUUGGCCUGCUUGUUGCGCUGAAUAGCACUGGAGGAGCGAUGGGCAGUUUGUACCUGGAUGAUGGCGAGAGCUUGGUGCAGGAUGCUACGAGGCUUGUUACUUUCGCUUACGCGGAAAACUGCCUCUCCUUCACUUCUGAGGGGUCCUACCACGCUGCACAGCCGUUGGCUAAUAUCACUAUCGCUGGCGUUGCGUCGGCGCCUCAGAGCAUGUCUCUUACGUGCGGGGGUGCUGAGUCUGAUGCUAAUGUGACGAUGGCGUAUGAGAGUGGUGUGUUGAAGGUAGCGGGCAUGGAGGAUGUGACUGCUAGUGGUGCGUUUGAGAAGGAUAUGAAGGUUUGUUUUGGGUGGUAGGUGGGAGGUGAAGAAUGGGAAAGAUGGGAUGGCGAGAAAGAAGAUGACAUGAAAAGGGGAAAGAGGGG